CCCACGCGUCAGUAGCACCGGCACGCGUUCGUCCUCCUCCGGCCCCCGAUCUUAUCCCCCCACUCGCCGCCCGCCCGCCCGGGAGCUGGAGGUCGCCGACGACAGCAAUGGCGGAUGUGUCGACGUCUUCGGACGCAGAGGUAGCUGAAGAAGCGAGGCAGCAGGAAGCAGAAGUCAAACUUUGUGCUGAACUGCAUAUAGGCCAAGGAAGCUCUGAAGGUAUCCAUACUACUACUUUGCAAGACACAAAGGAGCAGGAAAUAAGGAAAGGAAAGGCGGCUCUUGCAUCCUUCGAACUGAUGAGGGAGGAACUGGUUCAGAGUGCUGUUGGUUUUCUGAAACACCCUAAAGUUGUAGCCUCUUCUGAUGUCCAGAGGCUAUCUUUCCUUGAAAAUAAAGGACUCACUGUUGAUGAAAUCAAUGAAGCAUUUCGACGUUUACAAAGCCCAUCGUCGAAUUCUGUGAGCUCAAAUAUGUGCACAUCUCUAGGGGUAUCUGAUCGUUCUUGCAGAAUUACUCAGGAAACUAAAGUUGUCCCAAAGUGUAUGGAUGGAGAGAAGCUUGAACCUGAAACUGAACCUGUGGCCCCUGUGGUGCCCCAUCAUCCAAAAUCAUAUAUGGAGAUCAUGGAAAUGAUACAAAGGGGAGAGCGGCCAGAUGAUAUCCAGGAUAUUAAUGAUAACCCUCCAAACCCUGAUCAACCAAUCUCGGAACCCCGUAUGGCACCCAAGCCCAAGCCAUGGGAAAAGCAAGAUCAAGAAAAUUCCACCUGGGAUUUGAAAUCUCUAUUAAGUGACUCCAGCGAAUUGAGACCAGAAGUUGGAAACGAUAGCACUCACCCGGCUACGGAGUCAGCCAACGGCUCCAACCAAGGGGACUCACUGCUGCAAACAAUAGUAGUUGUGGGCUCUGAAUCUCCCACAACUGAUGCUGCCUCAUCGAAGUAGUAACUGCAAAAAAAACACAUGAUACAAAAAAAAAUUUCUCUGCCUAAAGAUGCUCCAGAUCCCAGUACCACUUCACUGUUCUGCUUUCUGAGACCUUCUGCAAUUCUCAGACGCAAUUUGAGUUGAUUUUACUAAGCAGUGUAUUUGUGAUUGGAUAAACGUUCUUGUUGCUGGAAUCAAAUGAGCAAGUACAAAACUUCUCCCACUUUCA